GAGACCCAGAGUGACGUCUUUCCUAACACCCAUGUGACACCACCUGCUCUAUAAAACAGUGCUGACUUAUGACUACAUUAAUGAGUCAAGUGGGUGUAUGAGUGAAAGUAAAAGAGAUGUGGAUCACACUAUUUGUAUGUUUUUAUCUGUCCUUUACCUGUAUCUCUGCAUCUUCAAUCACCAGGUCAAGCUUCUGUCAGCUCCAGGGACGCUUCAAGUUGAAGGGGAUGCACCAAGAUGGAGACCUUAUCAUUGGGGGCCUGUUUGCAUUUCAUCUCAUCACAGUGUUCCCAGUAUUGAACUUUAAAAGAGAACCGGAACAGUCACAUUGUGAGCGAUUCUAUAUGGCAAGUUUCCAGCAGGCACAAACUAUGGUAUAUGCCAUAAAUGAGAUCAAUAACAAUCCUAAACUGUUGCCUAACAUCACACUCGGUUAUCAUCUGUAUGACAACUGUGUGAAGCUUGGACUGGCAUUCAGGUCUGCAACUGCCCUGCUUAGUGGGACAGAUGAGAUUGUUUCCAAUUUUAACUGUACUGGCCCUCCUCCAGUAAUUGGAAUUGUGGGCGAUCCUGGAUCUACUCACUGUAUAGCAAUAUCCAGUGUGCUGGGACUGUUUCGAAUACCUAUGGUUAGCUACUAUGCCACCUGCUCAUGUUUGAGUGACAGGAAAAAGUACCCCUCUUUCUUCAGAACAAUCCCCAGUGAUGCCUUCCAGGUGAGGGCUAUGAUUCAGAUUUUGAGGCAUUUUGGAUGGACUUGGGUUGGUCUUCUCUACAGUGAUGAUGACUAUGGCAUCUAUGCCGCUCAGUCCUUCCAAAAGGAAGUGCAGAUUUUUGGAGGUUGUGUUUCUUUUUCUGAAAUCUUGCCUCUUGAUAACAACCACGUAGACAUCCAGCGCAUUGUACAAGGCAUUCAGGCCUCUACAGCGAGAGUGGUGGUGGUGUUCUCCACAGAAGCCUAUCUGCUGCCUUUGAUGGAUGAGGUGGUAUUGCAGAAUGUAACAGGCAGGCAGUGGAUUGCAAGUGAAGCUUGGGCCACCUCAUCUGUGUUUCACACUCAGCAUCUUUUGCCCUUUCUAGGAGGCACUCUGGGCAUUGCCAUCCGUCGAGGAGAGAUUCAGGGACUUCAGGAAUUUCUGCUACGCCUCCAUCCUGACAGCAAUUUGAGAAAUAAUAUGGUGAGAAUCUUCUGGGAGAACAUGUUUGGGUGCACCUUUGACACUGGAGGUAGAGAGGGAGAGAAAAUGUGUACAGGACAGGAAGAUUUAAGCAGCACAGAAACAGCAUACAGUGAUGUAUCAGAGCUGAGGGCCUCAUAUAAUGUGUAUAAAGCAGUUUAUGCCCUGGCAUAUGCGCUUCAUGACCUAAUGCAGUGUGAGGAGGGGAGAGGACCAUUCAGUGGGAACAGAUGUGGCGAUAUAACAAACCUUAAACCCUGGCAGCUGGUUCACUACCUACAGAAAGUGAACUUCACCACUGACUUUGGGGAUCAUGUGUCAUUUGAUAAGAAUGGAGAUGCUCUGGCCAUAUAUGAUGUGUUGAACUGGCAGCGAAACUCUGAUGGGUCAAUAAUUGCUCGAACGGUUGGUGUGGUAGACGAAGGGGCAGCAAGAGGGAAGGUGCUCACAUUGGAGGAGGAUGAAAUAUACUGGAACUUAGAGACAAAUAAACCUCAACAGUCUGUGUGCAGUGAGAGCUGCCCCCCAGGCACAAGGCGAGCCAGAAGGAAGGGCCUUCCUGUCUGCUGUUUUGACUGCCUGCCAUGUGCAGAUGGAGAGAUUUCUAAUAUUUCAGAUUCCAUUGAGUGCACAGUGUGUCCAGAUGAGUUCUGGUCCAACCCAAAAAAGGAUGAGUGUGUCCCGAAAGAAGUGGAGUUUCUAUCCUAUGAGGAACCUCUGGGCAUUUCCUUAAGCACUGCUUCCUUGCUUGGCACCUGUAUCUGUUCUGCAGUAGUUGUCAUAUUUGCACAUCACCGCCAUACUCCAGUUGUGCGAGCUAACAAUUCAGAGCUCAGCUUUCUGCUGCUGUUGUCACUCAAACUAUGUUUUCUGUGUGUUCUACUGUUCAUUGGCCGGCCUCAGUUGUGGACAUGCCAGUUAAGACAUGCUGUAUUUGGUAUAAGUUUUGUCCUGUGCAUCUCCAGCAUCCUGGUGAAGACUAUGGUGGUUAUAGCCGUGUUCAAGUCAUCUCGGCCAGAGGGCAAAGGAGCAAUGAAAUGGUUUGGAGCAGCUCAGCAAAGGUGCACGGUUCUGGUCCUAACAGCUCUCCAGGUUGUAAUAUGUUCAGUCUGGUUAUCAAAUGCAUCUCCAGUACCCCAUAAAAAUAACCAGUAUACCAGUUCCAAAAUAGUAUUUGAAUGUACUAUAGGCUCAGUGGCUGGUUUUUCCAUGCUACUCGGCUAUAUUGGCCUUUUGGCAGCAGUAAGUUUCCUGUUAGCCUUCCUUGCGAGAAAUCUGCCAGAUAAUUUUAAUGAAGCAAAGUUCAUCACUUUUAGUAUGUUGAUCUUCUGUGCUGUGUGGAUUGCAUUUGUUCCAGCAUUUGUGAGCUCACCAGGGAAAUAUGCAGUGGCUGUGGAGAUAUUUGCAAUACUGGCUUCCAGCUUUGGAUUACUGGUUGCCAUAUUUGCUCCAAAGUGCUACAUCAUUAUUGUACACCCAGAAAGAAACACUAAAAAAGCCAUCAUGGGAAGAACAAACUAAAAAAAAAAAUAAAAAAAGAAAAGAAAAAAGAUUUUAAUGAUGAACAAAUGUACUGCUUUUUGAAACAUUAAUAAAUUGCUCUGAUGCAGGUUAAAAACAAUUAGCAGCUGUUUUCGAUCAAAUAAGCUUGGCUGGUUUUCAUAUAAAUCUCUGUCAGGUCUAACAAAUCCCUCACAUACCCUCACAAAGUUUCAGUUGAAAGAAGCAUUUUUAUCUAAACAUCAAUUUACAAAUGUUUCACACAGAAAAUAUUAAUUUAAAUCAUCCUAACAUGCAUAUUGUUUAUGUGUUGUGUGAAAUAAUAUUUUAACAUUUACAAAUAUUUAUUGUAAGUCACUUACCUUAACAUUUUUUUUUUUUUUAAGAAUAAAAUUGACAUUACAGUUUUGUUUUAUUUUUUAUCUACAUUAUGCCACAAAUGCUGUUGACUGAGUUUAACUUUUAUUAUUAAACCUUGAAUUUAAGCAAAUAAAUAAAAUGUAUCAACAAUAGGCUGAUCUAUCGCCACCUUCAUAUAUUGUAGUCAGCGUACUCCACCUACAGGCAAUAUUAUGAUGUCAUGUUAACCUUAUUAAAUUAUGCCUUACUAAGAACAGGUGGCACAGAAUAAGUGAUUAUGGGAUGAGAAGUUGCAUUCAAAUUAAUCUAAAAUCAGGAUGGAGCUUAACGGAAUGUGAAUGAAUGUAUGAAUGAAUAUUAAUGAAUAUGUGUGUGUGUGUUUGUGUGGGCAUGUUUUUGUGACA